ACACUCAUUUUCACAGUUUAUGUCAAAUAGCUGCAGUACAGACCUUACUUCCGUUGACUGACAAAGUUUAUUACACUUUUUUCGUUUAAAUUCAAUUCACUUUCGAGCUGUGUGAAUUUUUAACUAACUAACAUAACUACAUUUUGGAAUUUAGGCGAUCAAUAUGUGCUUCUUUAGCUGUGCGUCUCGAUUGGUGUUCUUUAUAUACGGCACCCUGGGACCGGCAUAUCACACCUACAAGACCCUGAACAACGGGGACGAUGAAUUCCUGGCCUGGGCCAAGUACUGGAUUGUUUACGCCUUCCUGGUCACCUUUGAGUUGCUGGCGGACGCGUUGCUGUCAUGGAUGGCGGUCUAUAUGCCCAUCAAGCUGAUCUUUAUGGUGUGGAUUGUAUUGACCGCUCCAUCUGCCAAUGUCUGGAUGUUUGAUUCGAUCCUUCAUCCGUUGCUGGUCCACCGCCAAGAGCAGAUUGAUCAAUUUCUUAACCGGGGCAAGUACAAAAUCCUGAACGACUCCCUCAGAACUCUAUCCCUGAUGUGUGUCAAUGGUCGAACCUUCAUGAAGCCACUUAUGCACUGGUGGUCCAAAACGAAAAUGGGCCUCCGGAUGCCCAAUAAACUGGAUAACUUGACAGACGCGACUGCAGGAGGAAAUGACCAGGGUUCCGAUGAGAGUUCAACGUCAGUUCAAACCUCAAGGAUCAAUGUGUGCACUCGGUCCAGUCCCCAUACAAGUUUCACUCAAAUCACCGAUAACUCUGAAGAAAUGCAGCCCGCUCUCCACUCGAAUCGCUCCUUCGACCUGGCCACCAACAUCAUUUCACCGGAACCAUCCUCUGCAACCGUUCGUCGCCAAGUUUCACGCAAAGGAAAGAUGUCCAAGGUGUCCAAGACAGAGUCUAGCUGUAUGUUUUCAUCGCAAAUUAACCUGAUAACGCCGAAGGAGAAGCUCUACGACGGUGUUGAGGAUCUGCUGGCCUCGUCAAGAAUUGAGCCCGAUGGCCAGGACGUCCGUCAACAACGUCAACUUGCCACUCGCAAUCGCACUGUGAUUUCCCAACAGUAACUCAUCCGUUUGUGAGUUUAUGUGUUUUACCAACAGAGGGUUCGUUAACUACGUUCAAGUAGUACUACUUAAGCAAUACUUAAAUUCAAAAUGUGUUCAGAGGUUUUUGGAUUCUUUUUUAAAGUCGUAAAUAAAAAUGAAUAAUCAUUUUA